AUGGCCUCCUCUCCAAAAGACGAUAACCAAAGAUCUGUUAAAAGAGUUGCUGUUGUUGGUGCUGGUGUAAGUGGGCUUGCUGCGGCUUACAAAUUGAAAUCACAUGGUCUAGAUGUAACUGUUUUGGAAGCUGAAGGAAGAGCUGGAGGGAGGUUAAGAACUGUUUCUCAAGACGGUCUAGUUUGGGACGAGGGGGCUAAUACAAUGACUGAAAAUGAAACAGAGGUUAAAGGUUUGAUUAGUGCUCUUGGACUUCAAGAAAAGCAACAAUAUCCACUGUCACAGCAUAAACGCUAUAUUGUGAAAAAUGGGACACCACUUCUGGUACCUGCAAAUCCUGCUGCACUGUUGAAGAGCAAACUGCUUUCUGCACAGUCAAAGAUCCAGGUCAUUUUUGAACCAUUUUUGUGGAAAAGGAGUGACUCCUCUACUGUGCGUGAUGAAGAUUCCGAAGAAAGUGUUAGCAGAUUCUUCGAACGUCAUUUUGGGAAAGAGGUUGUGGACUAUCUCAUUGAUCCUUUUGUUGGAGGUACAAGUGCAGCAGAUCCUGAAUCUCUUUCUAUGCGCCAUUCUUUCCCAGAGCUAUGGAAUUUGGAGAAAAGGUUUGGCUCCAUUAUAGCAGGGGCUUUACAAUCCAGCUUAUUCGGCAAAAGGAACAAAACUGUAGAAACUAAAGAUGCACCAAGAAAAAACAAGCACCAGCGUGGUUCAUUUUCUUUUCAUGGUGGGAUGCAGACACUGACUGAUACACUGCGCAAAGAGCUUGGCAAAGAUGACCUUACAUUAAAUGCAAAGGUUUUGGCACUAGCUUACAGUCAUGAUGGAAGUUCCUCUUCGGAAAACUGGUCAAUUACUUGUACUUCUAACAAAAAAAUACAAGAUGUUGAUGCAGUAAUUAUGACGGCUCCUCUAGGUAAUGUCAAAGACAUCCAGAUAAAAAAAAAGGGAAUCCCCUUUUCACUUAAUUUUCUUCCCGAGGUGACCUAUUUGCCAAUCUCGGUCUUAAUCACCACCUUUAAAAAAGAGAAUGUAAAGAGACCUCUGGAGGGAUUUGGAGUUCUCGUUCCUUCAAAAGAGCAACAAAAUGGCUUUAAAACUCUCGGUACACUUUUUUCCUCUAUGAUGUUUCCAGAUCGAGCACCCAGUGAUAUGCAUCUCUAUACCACCUUCAUAGGGGGAACUCGAAAUCGGGAACUUGCUCAAGCUUCAACUGAUGAACUUAAGAAAAUCGUCACUUCUGACCUGAGAAAGCUGUUGGGAGCAGAGGGAGAGCCCACAUUUGUCAACCAUUUCUACUGGAGUAAAGGCUUUCCUCUAUAUGGUCAUAACUACGGGUCAGUUCUUGAAGCAAUUGACAAGAUGGAAAAAGAGCUUCCUGGAUUUUUCUAUGCAGGUAACCACAGAGGUGGAAUUUCAGUUGGUAGAGCAAUUGCCUCGGGGUGCAAAGCAGCUGAUCUUGUAAUUUCCUACCUCAACAAUGCUUCAGACAAAGUGUCUGAUAAAUGA